CGUUCCGCUACAAUGGUCUGUCAGUUGUGUAUUUCCUGUUCUUGCUCACCUUACCACUGCUGCCAACCCCCACCCUGGUUACCAUGAAAGGUAGAACAGGUCAGUUCUUGAGGCUGAUCAUCUACACCAGUCUAACCCUCCUGACCCUGCAGUGCUUCAUGCAGAUCCCCUUUGCCUACAUACCUCCACAUGUCAGUGGGUUCUGGGAAGAUCUCCUCUACCACUUAGGGAUUGUAAGAUUCAGCUCGGUUGAUGCUGGAAAUGUUGUGCGUCUUCUGGCUCCAGAUGUAGGCCUCCUGUUUGCCUCCCUUUUCAUACUCAGACUGUGCAAAAAAUUACUACGCCAUGUGCCACAAGUCAGUCUCCACGAAAAUGGCAUACAGCCGUCUGACCCUGAGGAAGUGGAAACAACUGAAACUGAGUCUGAGGACGGAAGCGACACAGAGGGCUCCUCCUUUGACAGCUCAGAUGAGACCACUAUACCGGUUCAGACAGGUCCACCUCAGUUUGUCCAGAAGCUGAUAGUGUUUGCAGCUGGGCUGAGGCUGCUGCUGUCUGCAAUCAUGAACACAGCAGGGCAAGUAGUGGUGACUUUGCUGCUUGGGCUUGCAGGUAUCACGCUGCCCUCCCUCACCUCAGGUGUAUAUUUCGGGGUGUUUAUUGGGCUGGUUUGGUGGUGGGUUUUCAGUCGUUCCAUCAGCUUGCUACUCUUCAGCUCCCUAUGUGUGAUGAUGGCCAUCUUCAGCGGAGGGCAUCUGUUGGCUCUGUACCUCUACCAGCUGCCCCUGUCCCAGCAGCUUGUGCCACCAGAGGAUGUCUACGCCAGGUUGUUUGGCAUGACUGGAGUAAUAAGGACAAACAGCUCAGACCCGCAUGUUAUUGGUCUACACCCACACGUCACCUGGCCUGACUUCGUCAACCCUUUGGUUUUACUACUGCUUUAUUACACACUGGUGGCUCUGCUGCACAAAUGGGUCCACAUAACGGAGGAGGACACCGUUGCUGGUGAAGAAACUGAGAGUCCAUUAGAAAGUCCAGAGGCUCCUCCAAGCUUCUCCAGGGUCAUCUACAUCUCAGGAGAUAAGCAAGAGCUUUUAAGCAGCACAGAUGAUGAAACCUACCUCCCUGAUGAGCCAAUGAUUUUAAUGACAGAGACUGCUUGGCAAGAUGUCCAUGCAAACGACCUGGGAUCUUUGUUACCAGGGACGGGGUACACAAACUGUUAUUCUCCACCACAGUAUGACGACAAAGACUCCCCAUCGCAUGAGACAAGAAGCGAGAAAGAAAUGGGAGAGGAGUCUGAGGUAAAGUUGGAGACGGAGACAUCCCCUCCUCCCACAGGCCCAAGUGGCCUGGUCAUCUUUGGACAGUUACUGCAAAAACACAGCUAUGUCAGCGCCCUCAUCAUCAUGAUGGUAUGGAGUAUCACAUACAACAACUGGCUGACUUUCGCCCUGCUGGUGUGGUCCUGUAUCAUUUGGAUGAUGAGAGACCGACGUCGUUACGCCAUGAUGUCAGCCCCCUUCCUCGCUAUCUACGGCACCGUCCUGCUGGGGCUUGGAUUUCUGAGUGGGCUCCGUCUGAGCCGGAGCGAGUUGUAUCCUGGACUCCCCCCAGCUGUGAUAGUGGACUUUGACCUGAACAGCUACCACCCUGCCCCCUGUGUUCACCUGGGAGCUAAGGUCUUUUAUAGCUUCAGCUUUUGGUUGAUGUUUCGUCAGCAGCUGAAAGAGAGACAGGAGGAGCAGAGUUUAAAAACCCAAUCUCUGGAUGAUCUUAAGGUUGUCUCAACGGAGGAAAGUCAGCCAUCCCCUCUCGUAGCAAUGUUGAUCUCAGGAGUGAAAGGGUUGCUGGUGAAAUACUGGAUCCUGUUCUGCUGCUCCAUGUUCUUCGUGAUCAGCUUCUCUGGAAAGGUGGUCGUCUACAAGAUCCUCUACAUUGUCCUUUUCCUCUACUGUGUUGUCCUCUUUCAGGUCCGUUAUGAUGUGUGGCGUCGGCUCCUGAAGACAUUUUGGGCGGUAGUGGUUGGUUACUCCAUGGUGGUCUUGAUAGCAAUAUACAUGUACCAGUUCAGGAGUGUGUCUGGUCUGUUCAAACAGAUCAUGGGUAUGUCGGAGGAAGGUCUUCGUGACAUUGGUUUGGAGCGGUAUGACACAGUGGAACUGUUUGCACGUAUCCUGCUUCCUGCUGCAUUCCUAUUGGCUUGUAUCCUCCAGCUGCACUACUUCAACUCAGACUUCCUGGAUCUUACUGACCUAGAUGAAGUACCUGUCAGACAGGUUUCCAGAGAAGAAGAGUUCAGGGGUUCAGUGAAUGUGAUCUCUGAGACAAUUAAAGAAAUCCUCGCAAAAUUCCAGAAAAGGCUUGUCAAGGAGCAGAUGGGAAAUGGAAAAAGUCAGGAGACUCUGGACAGCAUUGGGCUCCAAACCUCCCAAGACAAAGAAAAUGAGGCGCAGGAGGAGAUGACAGAAGAGGUUCCUCUCAACAGCAGUCCUGAGGACAAGUGGGUUGUGAUUGUGGACAGAGCAAGCCUGCUGCUCAUUCACGCUCUGUUAGGACUCAACAAGUUCCAGGAGCAGAGCUGGAGACUGCUGGAGCUCCACAGCCUUAAAAUAGUUUCAUCUGGCAUUAUUUGGGUGUCCCUUCAAGAGGUAUCUCUGAUGAACCUGCUCUUCCUGGUUCUGUGGGUUUUUGCUCUCCCAUUCCCACGGUUACGACCUUAUGCAUCCAGCAUCUCUGCUGUGUGGGCCUGCGUCAUGGUGGUGUGCAAGAUGUUCUACCAGCUGAAAGUAAUCAAACCCCUCGAUUACUCCUCCAACUGUACAGCCGGUCUGAUACCGUCCAACAGCUCAGGUUUGGAUGUUGGAGAGGAGCUGAAAGGAAACAUGAUGGAGCUGCUCAGAAGAUCUAUUCUGUACAUCGAGCCUGUAGACCCUAUCUACUGGUGUGGAGCGCUGCGUAAAUGUGAAGGCAGGAUCCUCCCGUGUCUCCGGAACCACCUCAUGGUGCUCGGGCUACUGGUUUUUGAAGCAAUUGUUCAGCGGCACCAGCUCUACUUCCGCCUCCAUAACGACCUCAAACCCCCACCCUUCAGCAUAAUCUUCCAGGGCAUCACCAGGCAGCACCUUGACCAUGGCGUUCUGCCCUGCAUUAAAUACUUCAUCAACUACUGUUUCUACAAGUUUGGACUGGAGAUCAGCUUAAUCGUGGCAGUGAACGUGAUUGGUCAGAGGAUGGAUUUCUAUGCUCUGCUGCAUUCCUGCGCUUUGAUGGCUGUGGUGUCACGGCGACGGAGGAAGGCUAUUGGGGAGGUGUGGCCUAAAUACUGCUGCUUCACUGCCGGGCUCAUGGUGCUGCAGUACAUGCUGUGCAUUGGGAUCCCUCCUGCUCUCUGUGUUGAUUACCCCUGGAGAACUGCUGUUCAACCUCUGACCUCUAAUAUCAUAAAGUGGUUUUACCUGCCUGACUUUGCCAUGAGACCCAAUCCUCUGUUUAUAUUCUAUGACCACCUCCUGUUGCUCUGCUCGUCCCUGCAGUGGCAGAUGUUUGAAGAGGAGAACCGAGCAGCGGUGCGACUGCUGGCUGGAGACAAUGUCGAGAUCAGUCGUAGUCUGGAUCCUUGUUCCUUUAACCAGUACAUACCUGUUGAUAACUUCCUACACUGCAGAAGUUACCUCGACAUGGUGAAGGUGUUUGUGUUCAGCUAUUUCUUCUGGCUGGUGCUGUGCCUCAUCUUCAUCACUGGUACUACCCGGAUCAACAUCUUCUGUCUGGGCUACCUGGUGGCUUGUUUCUACUUCAUGUUGUUUGGUGGCAGCGUGUUGAUGCAGCCUGUCAAAUACAUUUUGAGACUUUGGGACUGGCUCAUUGGAUACACCUGCUUUGUGAUCACCAUGAAGAACCUUCUGUCUCUUGGGUCAUGUGCCUACUUGGGCAGCCUGCUGAAGAACGGCUGCUGGUUGAUUCAAGCCUUCAGUAUGUUCUGCACGAUUAAAGGCUACGAUCUCCCCGAGCCUGACGAUAAGUGUGAGCUACCAGAGGGUGAGGCUGGCAUCGUCUGGGAUGCAAUCUGUUUCACUGUUCUUCUGGCACAGCGGAGGGUCUUCCUCAGCUACUACUUCCUCUACAUAGUGGCUGACCUCAAGUCUUCUAAGAUAUUGGCUUCAAGGGGUGCUGAGCUGUUUGAGGCAAAAGUGAAGAAGCUGGUAGCAGCCCGCCUUGAGAUGGAGAAGAAAUCUGUGGAAACACUGAAGAAACAGAUGGAGAAGAUUAAAUCGAAACAGAAGGGUCGACCUGCAGCAGCAGACAAACCAGCACUUCCUGUUGAUCAGGCGCAGCUGACACUAGAUGAUGAUGAGAAGGCCAAGAGAGAUGCAGGAAAAUGGUGGAAACCUUGGGUGUCUAAACCAGGAGUGGAAAACAACUGUGGCUACCACCUGUUUGAAAGUGACAGUGAGGAGGAAGAAGAGGAAGCUCCAGAGAAGAAAGAAGAAGAGGAACCACCAAAGAAGAAAUCUGCUUUCCAGUUAGCCUAUGAAGCCUGGGUCACCAGCUCCAAGACGGCUCUGAAGGACCUGAAGAAAGAGAAGAAAAAGAUGAAGAAAGAAGAGAAGAAGAGAGCAAAGAGAGAGCUGCAGAAACAGCAAGGCAUUGAAAGAGCAGACUCAAGUGAGGAUGAACUAGAUGAAAGCACUGUGGAGGAAGAGGCGGUUGAGGAGAAAGAAAACAUUCUGCAGCGAGUCAUCAACACUUUGAAGUUCUUCUGGGUGUUUGUUCAGUCCCUUCUUGAUGACCUCACACAGGGUCUGAAUUCUUUCUGUAAAGACAACCUGGCCAUUUCAAAGGUGCUCCGUUUUGAGAGAGCAUUACUUAACCAACAGCAAAAGAAGGGGAGAGAGGUGAGUCAGGAGAGUGUGAAGCAGUUUUAUGAUAACUGGAUCUCCCGUCAAAACACAUUUUCAUCUCAAGAUGACCUCGAUGACCCGCUGCCUCCUUCCUCACCUCCACCUGCUAUCCCCUCCUCAAAUCAUGCCUACGCUAAGCUUAGGAACCAAGCUUCCAAAAUGUCAUGGGGCAGCAGUGUUUCCAGCUGUAUGACAGACGAGACAAUGCUUGGUUCCCGUCAGCCGACCCAGGAAGAGUUAGACGAGCCUCCUUCUGUGCCGCCUGCUGCUGACCAGCUCAGACGGAGGCUCCUGAGAACAACUAAUUUUGACCAGACAACUGUUGGACCUGAUGAUGAAAUUUCACCAAGCUGUGAAGAUGACUCCCCUCUAAGUGAAGACCACAUACAACAUGAGGAUGAGGGGGAGUACACUGAGGCUGAAAUUGAACAUGAGCAGGAAUACAAAGAGACAGAGGAAGAGAAACAACUAGAAGAGGAUUGUGAGAUGGAGAGAGAGGAGCUGGAAGAGGAAACACAGCAGAGAGAAGAAGACGAAUGCGCUGAUUACCCAGAAUGCAUGUCACUGGGCUUCAGGGAGAGUGAUGGAGAGAAAAGCCUUGACCUCUCAGAAUCUCUUAAACCUUUGAGCCAGGAAACAAGGAACCUCACUGCCAGUGAGCUGCUGCUGAACAACAUGUUUGAAAAUGACGAGAUCAAAGAUUCUGAUAAGUUUUUUGUCACAUUGCCGCGGCCACUGAAACUGGGGUUUGCCCUCUAUAACACCAUGGUGUCCAAAUCAGAGAUGCUAUGCUACUUCGUCAUCAUCCUCAACCAUAUUGUGUCGGCCUCGUUUCUCUCCCUUAUCCUGCCCAUCCUCAUCUUCCUCUGGGCCAUGCUGUCCGUUCCCCGGCCGACCAAACGCUUCUGGAUGACUGCCAUUAUCUACACAGAGCUGAAUGUUGUGGUAAAGUACUUUUUCCAGUUUGGUUUCUUCCCUUGGACCACCUCUGCCUAUCGAGGUAUCAACGCCGACAGGCCCUUUGCCCUUCCCAACAUCAUUGGGGUGGAGAAAAAAAAUGGCUACGUCCUCUUUGACCUUAUUCAGCUGCUCGCUCUAUUCUUUCACCGCUCAAUUCUCAAGUGCCAUGGGCUGUGGGACAACAAAGAGGUUGAGAUGCCAGAUUUUUUCAAGAAGAUGAAAAGGAAAGUGGACAAGAAAAAGAUGACAGGAGGUGAUAAGACGGGCAGCAAAGACAAACCUCAUCGCCGACUUAAGUUCCUUCCUUUACAGGCCUCCACAACCUCCAUAUUCUGGAAAGGAAGGAGAGGUGACUUAGCAGAAUCUAAUGAGAUGAAGCCCAAAAAGCAGCACAGCAAGAAGAAAAGACGACAACGUAACAAGGUUCCUCUGACCAGGAAGCAGAGGAUCAGACAACAUAUCAGAGAAAGGAUGCUGCAGGCCAAAGCUGCUAUCAUAGAAGUUGCUCUUCACAUUUACUUGCCCAUAAGGCAGUUCUUCUAUGACAUUAUUCACCCAGACUACAGUCCCGUGUGUGACGUCUACGCCCUCAUGUUUCUUAUUGAUGUAGUCAACUUCAUCAUCACCAUAUAUGGAUACUGGGCUUUUGGGAAAUACUCUGCUGUAGCUGACAUCACAGAGUCUCUGUCAGAGGACCAGGUUCCAGAGGCCUUUCUGGUCAUGUUGCUCAUGCAGUUUGGCACCAUGAUAGUGGACCGGGCCCUCUACUUGAAGAAGUCCCUGCUAGGAAAGUGUGUCUUCCAGGUGGUGUUGGUAUUUGGCAUACACUUCUGGAUGUUCUUCAUCCUCCCUGGUGUCACAGAGAGGAGGUUCAACAGUAACCCUGUUGCUCAGAUCUGGUACUUUGUAAAGUGCAUCUACUUUGGCCUGUCCGCCUAUCAGAUCAAAUGUGGCUACCCAAACCGCAUCCUGGGCAACUUCCUCACCAAGAACUACAACUACCUAAACCUGUUUCUCUUCCAAGGGUUCCGUAUGGUUCCCUUCCUGACAGAGUUAAGGGCGGUGAUGGAUUGGGUUUGGACAGACACCACUCUGUCUCUCUCAAGUUGGAUUUGUGUUGAAGACAUCUAUGCAAAUAUAUUUGUCCUGAAGUGCUGGAGGGAGUCUGAUGCAAAAUACCCCCACCCUCCAGGGCAGAAGAAGAAGAAGCUGGUUAAAUAUGGGAUGGGAGGAUUCAUCAUCUUUGCCCUGAUAAGCAUCAUUUGGUUCCCCCUUCUCUUCAUGUCACUGGUACAGUCAGCAGCUGGAGUGACAAAUCCGCCGGUAGAUGUCUCCAUUGAGCUCAGCAUCGCAGGAUAUGAGCCUCUGUUUACAAUGAGUGCCCAGGAGCAGAACCUGAUACCUUAUAGGGAAAGAGAUUUCAACGAACUCACCAACAAGUAUGCAACCCACAAGGGGGCCAUGCAAUUCAUAAUGAACUAUGGGCCAGAUGACAUUAUUACAGCUAAAAUCAAGAGUGAUGCCAGUCUGCUGUGGAGCAUCAGCCCAGCCAGUCGAGACGCCAUGAUAAAAGAACUCACCAACUCCCCCCAUAUAUACAUUACCUUACGCUGGACACUGCUCAGGAAUGCAUCCAUCUCAAUGAACGCAGAGGCGGUGGGAGAACACACUGUGAAGUUUGAGGACAAUGCCUUGAAGGAUGGAAUUAUCCAUAUGCUUGAAGGCAACAGCAGCAAACCUGUGAUUAUUAAUUCACUGUUGCCGAAAUACAUCAGGGGUCCCAAAGGAACAGUGUCCAAGAUGGCAACCAGGAUGACAGUAGAUCCUUCAGUCCACGUACUGGCCUUCUUCAGACCUAUGUCACUAGAAAUUCAACAGGUCAAUGGGUCUUCAGAGAAAGACACAGACCAGUGGUGGGUUGUGGAGGAGUGCUCCCCAGUUCCUGCCUCCAGUCACAAAUGUGACAGCAUCGAGAUAACCAUCUUCAGUGAUAAAGUCAGCCCCUCAAGUCUUGGCUUCCUGGCUGGACACGGCAUCGUAGGCCUAUACAUGUCCGUAGUACUGGUCAUUGGAAAGUUCGUCAGGGAGUUCUUCAACGGGAUCUCCAGGUCCAUCAUGUUUGAGGAGCUGCCAUGUGUGGACCGGGUCCUGAAGACCUGCACAGACAUUUUUGUUGUUAGAGAAACUGGAGAAAUGGAGCUUGAGGAGACACUGUUUGAGAAACUCAUCUUCCUUUACAGAUCCCCAGAGACCAUGAUCAAGAUGACCAGAGACAAGAAAGACGAUUAGGGUUUGAUGGAAUAUUUCACCAUAUUAAAGGACACCUAAGUGAAGUUCAUUGAACUCCCUUUAUUCAGAAGGGAUCAUUAAGAGCACAUACAUUUUUUCAAUUAAUUGGAGUUUUAAUGCAAUAUAAGUGCAGUGAAGAACUGUAUCAGCAACGGGGAAUUCUCAUUGAUGAUCAACAAUAAUUAAGAGCCCUGCUGAAGUGCCACUGAGCAAAAUGUCCCUCUCGUACCCUGCUACAUCUUGAUAUGCGAGGUUCUUGGCAGGUGCAAGCUUUGAAGGUCAACACAGAGAUAAAUCAGAUGGUGUAUAUGGUGAGAAAAUGUGGUUUGAUUGGUGAGCUAAUAGAUUCAAUGAGAUCAUCAUAGUAGAAUUUGUACCAGAAAGGACUGUGUGCAAGGGAAACAUUCAAAAUGUGAAUGUUGGGGAUUAAGAAGGCAUUAAAUAGUAAUACCAGUUAACUUCAGCUACUCAAAUUAAGUCCCUACCAGUUAUUUGUUUUUUAGUCCACUGAGCAGUGCAUGCAUUUGUAGUCAUUUUAGAUUCAGGUUUUCAUAUAGCAUCCUAUUCCUUGACUUAGAUCCUUAGGAGAACAAUGAAAUUUCAACAAACAAUUGAAGUCGUGAGGGAUCAAUGCAUCCAUACCUCUGUAAAUACAAUGUUUCUGUAAAUGACUGUUGAGACUUAUGAACUGUUUAAUUUAUACCAAAAUAAAAAUGGUCCCAGACAAA